UUGAUCAGAUGGUAGGAAAGGUUUGUUACUUCGCAGCUUUUGCAAAGUGUGAUGUUGCAUGAACAAUAACAGCGGACAACAAUGGACUUAUUGACAUUAUCAGUGCAAGGAGUGAAUUCGUUUUGGCUGGCUGUGAGUUGGUGAUUGCUUCCUAGCUAGCCUGACAGACAAAAGAGAUACUUUGUUCAGCCUAGCUAACGGCGCCACAGAAUGACAGUACAUCUGCCCUUAUGGCUUGUUCAUGUUUACAAAGUAAACUUUCAAAGGGUGAAUGUGAUACUGUUGUAAACGUGCCGUGUUAUGUGUGGUCAGUCGUCCUAGAAAAUCUUGAACGGUAUUAAAACAUUCAUGCUUCACGCAUGAAUUCUGUGGUUAUCAACCUGAAUCAAUUGGGCCCAUUGAUUAGGCCUAUUAGCGAAGGCUACAACUGGAUGUUUGACCAUUGUAACUGUUAUCAUUUAGGGACAAGGGACAAGCUACAGCAGAUAGUAGUCGCUCACUGGAUCUAGAGUAAGAAUGAAAGUCAACUCAAAGAAAAAGAAGCAACCGUCAAAAAAGAGGAAUAUAAAACCAGGGCACGGUUGCAACCUGGAAGUCCUUGUAGAGUUAGACCGCUCGCCUGAAAUAGAUAAACUCGUCAAGCCAGAGCCCAAGUCCACUGCGAUUGUCAACGCAGAGGGCAAUGCUGGGUUUAGUAGCCAACCUCGAAUCAAACUAGAACCGAAUCACGACGAGUCGCAGGUGAUCAAGGAGGAGAUGACCGAUGGCGAACCCUGUCCCCUCGGUGCGGUGUCCCCCAAGUUGGAGCCAGGCAGCGAGGAACCAAAUGGUUGGACUGUGCGAAUAAAAUCAGAGCCAGAAUCGGAGUUCGAGAUUACUCAGCCUGAGCAGGAAGAUGUGGAGCCUCGUGUGAAGCAAGAAGAUGAGGGAGAUCAGGACGUCAAGCAAGAGGGUGCUGAGGAUGAUGAUGGCACGUCCACUUCAGACCAGUCUGGCGGUGCCUUCUUCCCGUGCCCUCAUUGCUCCAUGUCCUUCACCAGCCGUUCCUACCUGGACAAGCACCUGAAGUGGACACACCAGACGGAGUACCACGCCAUUCUGGAGAAGCAGGCGUCCGAGCACAAGUUCCCCGAGAGCAUGCGUCUGAUGGUGCAGUGCCCCCUCUGCCAUCGCCGCUUCUUCAACCAGGGGCAGCUGGUGGCCCACGAGCGGCACGCCCACCCCAAGCCCAUGACGCCGCCGCCCCGCAAGCGCCACCCCUGCCCGCAGUGCCACCGCAGCUUCCACUACCUCAACUGCCUGCAGAAGCACUGCAGCCGCUGGCACCGGCUGAAGACGGUGCGCGUGGACGGGGAGCUGAGCUGCGCCGGCUGCCGCAAGAGCUUCGCCGGGGUAUGGGCCCAGGGUCCGCACAACUGCCAGCCACAGCCGAGGGGCGCCAAAGGGGCGAAGUCUCGACGCAGGACCAGAGCGAAAACGGAAACGAAACCCGAGACGGAAACCGAAACACAAACCGAAACAAAAACUGAAACGGAUACGAACGGUGUGAAAGAAGAGGGCGCCGCCGCGACAGUGGACGAGAGCACGCCCACCGCCGAGAACCUUCUCAUCGCGUGCCCCGACUGCGGCAACCGCUACCGCACCAUACAGAGCAUGAGAAUCCACGCGCGCACGCACACCGGCGAGAUGCCCUACGCGUGCGGCGAGUGCGGCCGCCGCUUCAAGGAGGCCGGCAGCCUGACCAAGCACUUGCACAUCCACACGGGCGAGCGCCCCUUCGCCUGCCCAGAGUGUGGCAAGUGCUUCGCCCGCAUGACCCACCUGAACUCGCACCUGCUCACGCACACCGGCAUCAAGCCCUUCACCUGCACCGAGUGCGGACGCGGCUUCAGCCACCGCACGGAGCUGCGCAACCACGAGCGCGGCCACACCGGCGAGAAGCCGUUCGGCUGCCCCGACUGCGGCAAGCACUUUGCCGUCAAGGGCAACCUACGGCUGCACCAGAAGCGCGUGCACUGCGAGGAGAAGUCCCACCAGUGCGGCGAGUGCGGACGCAAGUUCUCCGACGCCCGCGUGCUGAAGACGCACCUGCGCACCCACACGGGCGAGAGACCUUACCACUGCACCACGUGCGACAAGAGUUUUGGCCGCAUCUCGCACCUGAAGAACCACCAGCGCACUCACACCGGGGAGAGACCUUACACGUGCGGCGAGUGCGGCAAGAGCUUCGUGCAGUCAGGCGACCUCACCAAGCACCGCCGCACGCACACGGGGGAGAAACCCUUCCCGUGCCCGGACUGCCCCAGCCGCUUCAACAGCUCGGGAGACCUGGGCAAGCACCGGCGCAGCCACCUGGGCAUCCGGCCGCACGAGUGCGAGGAGUGCCACAAGACCUUCACCCUGGUGCAGCACCUGAAGCUGCACAUGCGCACGCACACGGGGGAGAAACCCUACCUGUGCCCCCACUGCCCGUCUGCCUUCGCCAGGUCCCACCACCUCAGCGGCCACAUCCGCAGCAUGCACUGAUACUGUUUCCAGGCCGAGCAGAACGGUGCCAGUGCCAGUGCCCGCACCAGUUAUGUUCGGCACAAAAGUGCGAACCACCCUUGUUCAUACCAAGCUCUGAACUUUUUCCACACGUGACUGUUAGCCAGAUGAACCUGCUGACGGUACACAUUGUCAUCACGGUUCGCAGAGGGGAAAAAAAUAACCUUUUGGUUCACGGACUCUAAGAACAUGAGAGGAGGGGUGGGGAGAGCGUGAAGCAGAAAAGAAAAGUCCUACCUUUGACUGAUCACAGCACCUCAGCGGGCACAUGGUCAGCAUGCUCUGAGAGAAGGGGGGAGGGUGCUAGAACAGCUGGCAUGGACAUACUGUACUUGGGUCUUUCCAGUAUGCAGACUCCCGUCCUCGGCCUGUGCUUGUGGCCCCGCAUUUCACUGACGCCCCGCCUCCGUGGAGAAAACCAUAACGUUUCCCCGCUGUCAGCCUAGCCACAGCAACUUUUGGGGGACUAUUCUUCAUUCACAACCCUGAUUGCAAAUGAGAAAAUGAAUUGCGCUUUUUACGUGAUAUUGAAAUGCACUUCUGUCGUCACUAACGUCAUCAGGAGGCCACAAACAGGCGAGGGAGGACGGGAGUCCGUAUAUUAGAAAGAACCCACGAUACCCAUUGUAGAUGGCUACACAAGUUCUCAAAUUUGGAACUGUGCUUGAAUCAUGAUGGGGUACCACAGAGACAUUUGUUUAAGGAUGGACAGAAUCAUUUUCCAGGGUUUAAGUUACCUAUGAAGGGGAUGAUGAGGCAGGUAGUCAUCCAUAGCCAUAUCAUAACACCUAUUUGGACUUUUUUAAAGCUAUAUUGUGAUUAUGCUCUUGAAUUAUUCAAAAUUGUGACUAGCAGCACUGAACAGCAGUAACAACUUUAGUUUAUACCCAUGACUAUCAACAUGUGUGAGCUUUUUGUAAGUGAAAAGAACAGAAAUGAUGACGGCCUGUUAGGGCCGUAACGAUACACUCCACUCACGAUUGGGUUCGUAUCACCAUUUUUAACCUAUGGUUUGAUGCACCCCGUGAUUUUGUUUUAAAAAAUGUUUUAAUGUAACAAUGAUAGUGCUUCCAAGCCUCAAAUCAUUAUCACAUCACAUGUUCCUGUUUUUUGGGCUGAAGAGUAAAGGUGCCGGUAUGCUUGCUGCGAGCUGUAAAUUACGCGCGUCACCGCGAGCAACCGACAGCACAUGCUUGCUUCAAAAGCAGUUGACCAAGACGCAAAAUACUGGCGGUAUCAUCCAGGGGGCAGAGAGCACGCAGCAUUGGGAUGGGGAAAUUGGGAACACAGAUGGCAAGGAAAACAACAAAACAAAAAGAGGGGCUCCCUGGACAAGGAAAGAAUACUGCUACUACUUCUGUAUGUGCAUGCUCCCUUUUCAAAGUGCAACAAGGAAGUAUGAUCACAAAUGUUUGAAAUUUCGGACAAACUCAAUGAGACGCUCUUAAAAGUUAUUGCCAUUGUCGUGUUCAUAUCAAGCACACGCGUGGAACUGCGCAGUCCAUAUUACAGUCGCCCCCAGCGAGUUUGAAGAUAUUGCACCAGACGCACGCAUUUGGCUGCCGUGUCCAACGCGCGCAAAAUUGACAUUAAAUACGCACGUUAACGCGUCCAUGAACGAAUCGUGCACGCGUUCGCGUAUCUUGCAGCAAGCAUACCGGCACCUUAACAGAACAUUGAAAGGGCAUAUCACGAUACUGCCUUCUUGAACCGCGAUACAGUAUUGUUAUUCUGCGUAUCACUAUUUAUCGAUUCAAUCCAAUAUCGUUACAGCCUUAUGGCCCACUAAAAGAUGAUUCCUGGUUGGGUUCCAAAUUAAUUUAUUUAUUGUAAGAGACACAUUUGUGUUUUAUUGCAAGACUGUGUCAUGACUUACCUACACCUUUGACUGGCACGGCCUGUGGAACUUAGGCAUUUUGAUUUCUAUUUUCAUUUUAUUUUUUAUUUCAGUUAAUUGAAUGGCCAAGUUCAUUUGUAAUCGUAUGCAAAUGUGAACAGGUAGAGAGGAGCACAGGGUUAACUGCCUUGCCUUUUGAUUUUGUUCUGUUUUGUUUUUGUUAUUGUGUUCAUUUCUUUUUCCUCACCGUUGCAUGAACUUAAAGUGAUACCGUCACAUUUUUGGAAAUGAGUUUAUUUUACACCUUCCCUUGAGAUGAAUAAUAGGGUUUUACCAUUGUCCUAUACUUUCAACCGUUCUCUGGGUACAG